AAGUAAAAAAGAAACAACUCCAGAAUUUAGAGGAUGCUUGUGAUGAUAUCAUGCUUGCAGAUGACGACUGCUUGAUGAUUCCUUAUCAAAUUGGUGAUGUUUUCAUUAGCCACUCACAAGAAGAAACACAGGAAAUGUUAGAAGAGGCAAAGAAAAAUUUGCAAGAAGAAAUUGACACCUUAGAAUCCAGAGUGGAAUCAAUUCAAUGGGUGUUAGCAGAUUUGAAAGUUCAAUUAUAUGCAAAAUUUGGGAGCAACAUAAACCUUGAAGGUGACGAAAGUUAAACAUUUUAUAAAACCUUUUUUAAUUUGUUUAAUAAACUUGAAUAUUGUUUUAAAA